AUCUCGACAACAUGCAACAUGUGAGCGGAAACUAAUGGCUUAACUUCUUGACCGUCCCGAAAGAUGUCAUCAAGCGAUUUUAUUUUGGGAAGUUUGAUUCAGAAUGGAUUUAUACGGAAGGGGUUCGAGCACCGAGAUUUUAGCAAAGAUGUUUAACGUGGUGAAAGAUUUUACCCACAGUCAUUUUAUAGCAUGUGAUCUUUGCCAAUGCCUAAUGACCUCAGGCGCUCAGUUUGUAAAUCUGCACAUGACAGCCCCGGAGAACAAACUUGGUGAAAUUAGGACCUUGAUUGUCCCUAAAAACCGCAGGACACCAAUCCGCAAUUCGUGGCCUUCAAUUGUUGAGGUGUUAACAAAGCAGCUCAAACUUAUGGUAUGCAUGAAAACAGAUAAGAAAUUAUGGAAAGUAUUUAUCAAACCAUCUUCAGAAACAAGAGAUGCCCAGCACUUACAGAAGGGUUGUGACUUCGUGAGCGCUUUUCUGAAAGGCUUUAAGUACGAAGACGCAUUAGCUGUGGUCAGAAUAGAUGGUAUCUACGUCAACUCAUUCCACAUAAUGGAUGUGAAACAAACACUCAGGGGUGAUCACAUGGCUCGAGCAGUGGGGCGUAUUUGCGGUGCUAAAGGUCGUAUUCGUAUGUGUAUUGAAAACGCUACACGGACUCGCAUAGUCGUUGCCGAUGAAACCAUCCAUAUUCUAGGAAGCAAUGACCGUAUAGCAGUGGCCCGACGUGCAAUAUGUGAUCUGAUAUUGGGUGCUCCGCCGAACAAAAUUUUCGGAAAAAUUCGAACACACGCCGCUAGACUAGAUUCUUCUUUGUAA